AUGACCAUCUCCAUUCAAACAACCAACAAUGCUGCCUCCUCGAUCCGCCAUCGGUCGAAUACCAGGCCACCUCCGACCGGUGCUUCCUCCUCGGACACCCGGUCCAAAGGUUCGGCUCCAACCAUUCACCCAUCGCAGCCGACUGCUUCUCUCCCCACCGCCAGGCCGCCCGCAACUACCCUUCCUAUCACAGUUGACACCGACUCGCUCUCUCCCCCGCUCUCCAUCCACCUGCGCCAGCACUUUGGGCGCUUGAUUUCUACCGAAAGCCGUGCGCACUUUAAAAAGCGUCUUUCCCGUGGCUUGAAGAUUGGUUUGUCGUUCUACGCCAUCCUGGUUCUCUUCCAGGUCAUCAAGCUCGGUUUGUACCAAGAGGACAUUGAGCAUGAAUGGCCUACGCCGUCGGAAUGGACCUGGAAAAGCCGUUGGUGUCUGCGCUCUGCUGAGGCUAUGAUGCACCCCGAGCACAUUGGCAAGUUGAUGACCAAUUGGCCCAUGGUCGCAGGGUACCUGCGCGAGCUGCUGGAGCGCUUGGAAAACACCGACGGUGAAGGACAGGGUAUCGUCGAACAAGACGAAGGUGGACUCCUUGUUGAGGGAGUGGGGAAAACGGGCUUCGAUGUCUCUGCCAAGAGCGAGCACUGGCGCCGUGGCUAUUUCCAAGCUCUCAUGGGUGCGGCCAAGGCUGCGGAGAACUUGGACGGGUGGAUGACGGAUCGCAAGCAGAAGAUCUCCGCGCCGGCGGAGUAUGUCGUGGGUCCGUCGAACACACGGCCCAAGCCGAUGCCUGCGGGCCAGAAGAAGGUCCCCCAGGAGGAAGACUGCGAGGCUGCGUCCCCGCCACCAGAGACCUUCUACAUAAAGGUCCUGACGACCAAGGGCUUUGGUACGCGGCAGAAACUUGAUGCCGCGCUUGCGUAUGCGGAUUGGCUUGAUUUCAAGGGUCUCGGCCGUACCGCGGGUGAUAUGUACACGUGGGCGUUAGACAUUGCUGCGGGUGGCCUCGACAACGACGCCAGUAAGGUUGUGGACCUUCAGACUGGCGUUUUGAAGAACAACGGUACUGAUCUGCCAUCUGAAAACAUCCUUCGUGUCUCGACUGCGCUGGCGGUCCACAAUGCCCGCCAGGGUAACUUGCCCACCGCUCUCUCCCUGUUCACAUCCGUCCUGAAGGCGCGGCGCAGUCUCCCCACCACUGCUCCCUCUGUCUCUACUUCUCCAUUCUCCCUACCCUUAUCACCGCAAGCCUCCAAUGACCCCAUCACUGGGUUCGUUACCUCUCUCAAGAAAAUCUUCAAUCCACCCGAGUAUCCACCCGCCCUUCCAUCCGGUGACACACCUCCCCUCCGCACAGCAGCUUCCGCCUGCGACGAGGCCGGCGUGAUGACAUACAUCGGCGAGAUCCUUUAUGCGUCAUCAUCGCAAGAACACGGUCUCGCAUGGACCCGCGACGCCGUCGAGAUCGCCGAGUCAACCAUGCUCGAACUCACCAGUCCCGAAGACAAGCCCGCCCGCACACGCUGCGCGCAAUGUCUCAAGGUCGGUCUCGAAAAUUGGAAGACCAUGGUCUCCACGCGAGUCGCCCAGGCGCGUAAAGAGCAAGCCGAGGGUAAGACCGCUGGCCAAUCAAGAUCCUGGUUCGGUGGCCGUAGCUCACAGAGCAAGGCUGAAGAGGUGAAGCGCUGGGAGGCGGAGGAGGCGCUGUUGGAGGACCGGAUUCGUCGGCUUUUCCCUGUUUUGGUGGGGGAGUCGGGGCUGGAUACUCUGUCGCCGAAUAGUUCGUUGUUUGUGUGA